AUGGCUUCCAAGAAAGCCACUCUCCAAGAGCAUUUUGGUGUGAGCACAUUUGAAGAAGCCUCGCGAAUUUGCGGUGUACGCCUGCUGGCUAUGACUAGGGACGAAUCUUAUACUGGCUUUACAAAAAUACAAAUCCCAUUCGAGGCACCCAGCCACCCCCCUCUGCCAUCAUGGGAUGAGGUCGAGCAAGCGUUCAAAGGGCAUUGUAAGCCGCGGGGGGGGAACAUCGAAAAAGCAUUCAGAGUCGGGGCAUUCGUAGUCAAGUUUGGCGGCGAUGCACGCAUAUUUCAGGAAGCCGAAACCCUACUGUUCCUGCAAGCAAACUCGCAGGUGCGAGCGCCCAAAGUCUACGCUGCCUUCACAAGGCAACUUUUCGAAUGGACAAAGCACUUCAUAAUUAUGGAUUACAUCGAAGGCGAGACGUUGAGCGGUGAGAAAUGGCUCAGUCUAAGCGACACGUCGCGGUCGAUCAUUUUGUCAAGGCUUUGCGAACAGUUCCAAAUUCUACGAUCCAUCCCCUCCGAGGGGUAUUAUGGCCACGUCCAUAGGCAAGGGUGGCCACCAUGGUUGUCUUUCCUUCGAAAAAUGCAACCGGGCGCUUCCGGGCCAUUUGAUACCGUGGGCAAUACCAUCAUCCGACAGAUCGUGGGACCAGAGGGCAAGGAAGAUUGGGAAGUCACAUUAAUCGACUGGUCAGAAGCCAGGGUGGCUCCCAGCUUGGAUGCAGACUUGGUGCCUCAAAGAGACAUUGACAAUGGUAUCAUCCGUGGAGAAAAUAAAUGCCGCGGAAACGCUUGA